CUAGGGACAGACAAAAGCUGCUCCUGUUUUGUUCUCUUCCCACUUCGAAAGGCAGACCGAAACCUAGCCGUCACCCAGGAAGGAUAUUUCUUUCGUGUCUCCCUCUAUUUCCCUAUACAGCUCUCCGCUGUUAUUCUUUCUUUCAAUUCGAUAAUCGAUUUGCUUUCUCUGAUACCAAUAAAUGGCAGAAAGCAAGGCGGUGAUUGGUCUGACAUGGGAGCCCAAACUCCCUGGUUUUUCUUUCCAAUCUAAAACCACGUCUGGGUCUGAUUCUAAAUCCCAGAAUGAACCCCAAAGCUCUGCCCUUUGGAAACCCAAUCAAGACCUCGUUGAUGGCCUCUUUCUGCCGCCUAGUGAUCCUUCGAAGCUUAACAAACUGCUCAGAAAGCAAGUCAAAGAUACUGCUGGCACUGCCUGGUUUGAUAUGCCUGCCCCUACUCUCACUCCUGAGUUGAAGAAAGAUCUUCAAUUACUCAAGUUGAGGGGUGCCAUUGAUCCCAAGAGACACUAUAAGAAGGAUUCAAAAUCCAAGGCACUGCCCAAGUAUUUCCAGGUUGGCACAGUGGUAGAAUCUGUGACUGACUACUACUCAGGUAGAAUGACAAAGAAGGAGAGGAAGACAACCCUUGCUGAUGAGCUGCUUUCUGAUCCAGCUGUUAAGCAGUACAGGAAGCGCAAGAUUCGGGAGAUUGAAGAACGGAAUCGGCCUGCUGGAAAUGAGAAAUGGAAGAUAAAAGGUCGUCAAACCUUCAAGCGGGCGAAGCAACGAAGGCACUAAUGUUUCCAUGCUAGUAUAUUUUGGAAUUUUUACAGUGGAAAGGAAGUAUAUCUAUCUAAUGUCCAAAGCUACAAUUUGAACUAUGAAGUUGUUUGAAGUGUGGUCCGUGCCAUAUCAACGGCUUCUGUAUUAAUUGGGAUACCCCAUUCUUGAUUCUUGAUGCUAGAUAUUUUAGCAUCUUGUUAGUGGAACAUCUCUUUUUGAUAAAAUGCAAGGAGCCUGUAUGUAUCGACCUUUAUCCUUUAGGAGACUUGUUUUAAUUUUUGGAAGCUCUGUAAUACAAAUGAUGUAUAAUCGAGCUAGGUGAAUGCAGAGAGUAAAAUUUUGUGAUAAAA